GAGACAAAGAGGAGUCAGGAUUAGACAUAAAGACAGAAAUUAAUUUGGUCGUGUUUUCAGAUUGGAGAUGAAGUUUCUCCUCAGAGCUCUCAGUGCUCUGCUCUGUUGCUCGUUGUCCUGCCCUCAGACUCUGGAUCCUGCUGGGAAAAACGUCUGCCGGAAUAUGAGGGAUCCCUCUACACUGAUGUGUUGCCCCGGAUGGCGUCAAGAGGGAAAAGACUGCACAAUACCUGUAUGUGAGGGUGAGCAGGCAUGUUUGAAGGGUGAGAUCUGUCUAUAUCCUGGAUUGUGUCGCUGUCCAGCUGGCUAUUAUGGUGCUGAGUGCAAAACCCACUGCCCUCCUAAGUUCUGGGCUCCAGACUGUCGUCAGGUGUGUAAGUGCUAUCCCAACGGGCGUUGUCAUCCGGUCACUGGCAACUGCAUCUGCAACCCAGGCCACUGGGGUCCGCUGUGCCAGCACACCUGUAGAUGCUCCCUCCACGGCCGCUGCCACCCAAUCCACGGAAACUGCACCUGCGACAUCAGCUGGUGGGGUUCAGCCUGUGCCAAGCAGUGCCAGUGUGACAUCGGAGGGUCCGUAGGCCCCAGCUGUGACCAGCUGACAGGCCGGUGUCAGUGCCACAAGGGACACUGGGGGGCGAAGUGUUUGCACAUGUGCCACUGUAACCAGUCACCGUGUAAUCAACGCAAUGGUGUGUGUGACUGCAAGGCUGGGUGGUGGGGAACCAGCUGUGACCAGAAUUGUAAAUGUGACCUCAAACACAGUAUCUGUGACCUAAUGACUGGGAAGUGUCUGUGCCACCCAGGGUACCAGGGUGUCUCAUGUAACAAGCCCUGUGAAGCGGGGAAGUAUGACACUGAAUGUAAAAGGAGCUGUGGUCACUGUAAAGGCAACCAGCUUUGCUCUCCUACUGAUGGUGCGUGUGCUGCCUGUGAUCCCGGCUGGAAUGGUACACAAUGCGACCACCCCUGCCCGUCUGGUUUUUAUGGUGAUGGCUGCAAGGACAGGUGUCCACGAUGCAGGAAUAAUGAUUCCUGUGACCCAGAAACUGGGAAGUGUCAGAGGUGUGAUCCUGGAUGGACUGGACUCAGGUGUGAGGAGCUCUGCCCUGCCGGGAGAUUUGGAGACGCCUGCCGCUUCCCGUGUAGUCCUUGUUUUCAUGGUAACUGCCAUCACGUGACAGGAAGAUGUGUUUGUGAGCCAGGGUUUCAGGGGGAGAGCUGUAACAGCAGCUGCCCUGCCCUGCGGUUUGGCCUCAACUGUUCUUCUGUCUGCGACUGUGGUGAGGGGGUCGCCUGCGACUCUGUCACUGGAGCCUGUCCUAACACUGGCAGAGGUGCUUUGCUUGCAGGUGUACUGGUUCCUUUGUUCCUGUUGCUUCUUGCUGUACUGUGCUGCUGUCUGUGUUGUGGAGGACGCCGGGCUGAUGAUAGAGACAAAGACAGAGCAAUUGUUGCUGAUGGUGGGUUUUUGGUUCGAAUGAAGUAUCACGUUUACAGCGUUCUGGCAAAUAUUGGUGCUGCCCUGCCAUGUAUCUCUGACUGGUCCUCUGGCCUGCCUCGUGUCACCGUAUCUCACCAUGACCCCGAGCUGACCUUCAACCACAGCUUCAUUGAGCCUCCUUCCUCUGGCUGGGUGACUGAGGGGUCGUCCUUCGACAGUGAUGAGGAGGAGGGAGAAGCUCUUUACUGUGUCCCACCAAUGGAAGACAUCCCGGCUGUGGCGGGUGGGGAGUUCCAGGAGAUGAGCUCGAAAUGUAACAUGUUCUUGGACCCAUCGGGCUUCAGUAGUGAGGACAUUUCUUCACCCUUCAACAUCCCUCGCACCUCCAGCAUUGCCAAAGCCAAGCGGCCAUCGGUCUCAUUUGCAGAAGGUACCCGCUUCAGCCCUAAAGAGAGGCGUGGCUCUGGUCAAGACCCUGGCGCUCUUCCACGCAGCAAAUCCAAGUCAUCCUGGGGAGUUUUGAUGCUGUCGGCCCUCCAAAGUCAGGGAAGCGCAGCUGAAACUGGAGAGGAGGACGGACCCGAGGGUGAGGAGGAGAAAGAUGGAGUGGAUGUAACCAACAGUCAGGAGUUAAGCUGUGAGGUAGCGGACCAGGAAGUAGAUAAAACUCCAUCAAGGGCCACCCUGCAGGUUCCUGGGGCAUCAGGACGAAGACGGACUAUGUCUAACACAGCUGCUCAUAAGGGGACAUCGUCUGCCACAGAUGCUCAAGCAGGGAGCUCUCAUAAGGUCACCACAGUGUACGUGACAGUGGGUAAGGCGGGCAGGCCCAUAACGAAGACAGAGCCGAGCUCUGAGGGCCCUGUUCAGGCCAUGCUGCGAAGACUCGGCAGCCUUCAGAGACAAAAAGAGCAGGAGUCUGCCAGGCCUAAGCCGAAGGGAGGUGAAGCUAUUACCAAACCGCCCAGGAGGAAGCUGGGAGCUCGAGCAGCUGUUUGGGAACAGGGAGGACUGUCUGCAGGGGAGGCUGGAGUUUGUAAGCCUAUCAGGAGGAAGCACUCCUCCCACAACUCCUCUAAUGCUUCUGGGCCGAAUGACACUCCAGUAACAGAGAGCGGCACUCCAAAACGGCCACUGUCAUCCAUUUUAAAGAGCGUGCCUGAAGUGGCGUCAGCUGACUCAGGGUGUAAUCUGAGGGCUGAAGGAGACACAAUGCAGAGCUCUGACCCACACGAAGAACAAACUGAGAGUGCCUAUCGGACUGUGGGACCAGUGGGAGAUGGCGCAAGUCUCAUUGAAAUCAUUGCCAACGAAGGAGCCAUGGUCAUUGUGACUGAUGAACCCUGCUACGAAAAUGUUCAGAUCAAACACUCGUGACCUCUGAGAAACUGUGUCUGUGUCAUCAGAUCUGAUCCAAAAACAACUGCAUGUUUGUUGUUCUGCAGUUAUAUGUUAACUAACGGGAAAGCUUCCCCAAUAAAUGCAAGUUAAUUUGUGUAACUGCAGCUCUUAACGACUAAAAUUGCAGACAAAUUUUGAUUUUAAAAAGAGCAACCUUAAAUUAAAUUUCAAACAUAGAUGCAACAAGAAAACGGGGUGAUUUCUAACAAGAACACCACACGGUCUGUUGUCACUUUGGUGUUGUUCCUACAUCAUAAUCUGUUUUCCCAGGACCCAGAACUGACCAAUCACACUUUUGUGAAUUUUUUGUAACUUAAGAAAAAAAUGAUGCACAUGGAAAAGGUUUGCCUUCGGGACUUUUCAGUACAUGCUGAACAUAUUUUCCUUAAACUUAUAAUCAAGUAUGUUUGUUUUUUGGCUAAAGCUAGACAAACUGCAACUGAAAACUGAAAAUGUUCUUUAAAUAAUUAGAUCAACCUAGUCUAAAAUAAAGUUGUGUACUUUCACAUUCACACAGGACACAAAUCCCAGUCUCAUGGGUGAAAGUCCUGUGUUUGAGCCUUUCAUGAGGCACAUCCUUGUAGGAGCAACAUCAGCUUGGGAAUAUCAGAUACAUCUAAGAAGACCACUGGUUGCUUGUGUGUGUGUGUGUGUUUUUCUUUUACUUAAGUAAAUAUAUAUAAAGUACUCUAAUAUCUGCCACCUAACUGUUGCCUCACAGCUUGAAGAUCCUGGGUUUAAAUCCACCAGUUUGUUUGAGCCUUUCUGUGUGGAGCUUGCAUAUUCCCCCUGUGCUUGCACGGGUUUAUCUUUGGCACUCUGACUUCCUUGCGCAGUCCAAAAAUGCAUGUUAGGUUAAUUAGCGACUCUAAAUCAGAAGGUGUGAAUGUGAGUUGGAAUGGUUCUCAGAGGACAAUAAGUGUGAUGAGCAUUUUUAUUGAUUU